AUGAUGCGGCGUGCGUGCGUGCGCUCUUGCAGGUGGAAGCUCCUGGAAGAGAUCCUCCGGUGGGACUGCGACGUCCUGGUCCUGCAGGAAGUAGACCACCACCACGACUGGCUUUCCCCCAUGCUGGCCAAGCAGGGCUACCGGUCCCUCUUCGUCAAGAAGCCCCUCGCGCCGGGAAUGGCGUUCAACCCCCACCUCGAGGACGGCUGCUCGCUCUUCUACAGGGCAGCCGCAGCCACCACCACCGCCGGCGAUGAUGCUGCUGAUAGUGUUCCGGGGAAACGAGGCGCCGAGACCACGGCAAAGCUUGAUCUGCUGGACGCACACUCGUUUUCCUUGGCCGUAGUGGAAACAGAGGACGACACCGCCGGCGACAACAGCGGCGGCGACGGCGGUGGCGGCGGCGGGACGGACAAGGCGGGCCCUCCUGCGGAACCGGUCGUCGGGAACCAGGUGGCGUUGAUCUCGCUGCUCGGGGUGUCGUCACCCGGCGGUGGCGGUGGCGGUGGCGGGGAGGGGCGAGGGGAAGCCGAAGCGCUUGUGAUCGUGACGACGACUCAUCUCAAGGCCAAGAAGGACGGCCACGGGGAGCUGAUCAGGUCGCGGCAGGCGAAGCAAUUGCUGGACGAAGUGGCGAGAUUUCGGGCGGGCCAGGAGAAGGCCCGCGGCCUCCCCGCCGGCUCCGUCCCGGUCAUCAUCGCCGGCGACUUCAACGCCACCCCCCACGCCUCCGGCGGCUACGAGCCGCUCUGCUACAGGCAGGUGACCGCCCACCCGCUCGCGCUGCGGUCGGCCCCUGCCGUUAGGCGACGACUUCUUCACCACCUGGAAGGUUCGGGCUGCGGGGGGGGGGGGCGGCGUGAAGGAGAGCAGGCACUGCAUCGACUACGUGUGGUUGUCCGAAGGGGUGAGGCCGGCGGCGGGGUCGACGUUACCGUCGGCGGAGGGGCUGGGUCCCGAGAGGGCGCCUUCCUUCACCUACCCGUCGGAUCACUUCGCUAUGGCAGUGGACCUGCGGUUACCCUGAACCAGCGCCCGGGGAGAUAAUGGCGAUGAUGAUGUGGUUGUUGUUACCCCACCCGAACCCUGCAGAGGUUUUUGUUACGGGGGGUUGAUACCAAUGUGGGGGGGAGAGACAGUUCCCCCACUUUGCCCCCGAUGAGGAGCACGGUGUCCCCGGGGGGGGGGGGGGGGGGGUGUAAGUUGGGCCACGCAGCGAUGGUGGUGAUAUAUGGGUCCUCAGGCAUCUAGGCUAGCGUGCUUCUGUACUGUAAACUGUACUGCGCUCUGCACGGAAUUUUCUCGCUGCUUGUCAGAAUGUUAGAAUGUUAUGUAGAAUAGCGAUUGGUUCUUGGUGCAUGCUGCAUCCUCUCGAUGCUCUCCCGAGACAAACGUGGGGCGUUUCUAGCAAUGAUGAGCACAUGAGUGAGGGGUGUUUGGUGUGCUGCAGAAGGCAGCAGUCACCACCCUACAGCAGUAGGACCUGGGAAUUAAGAAUUUCAAGCUCAUUUUUUGUAAAACUUAAGCUUGGAGGCUUAUUUGUUGUCCGAAAGAGGAGGUACUCAGCUAAGAACCCUACACUGAUUAUAUCUCCUGGAAGUCUAGUCGAUGUUGUCACCCCGCAUCAUAAGUAAGAAACAAGCCUGUCGAGCAGAAGAGGUUGUUGAUAAUAGUGGCGACUAUUUCUUUAAGAAACGGCAACGUGUAGUCUAUCUAGUCCAGGGGUGAAAUAUCCACAAGGCAAACAUCGU